AUGGCUGAUGAAGCGAAUAACAGCAGCGAACUGAUGACAAACAAGACAAUAGCUUUUAACCAUUACAAAACCACCGUUGCUUCAUUAAGUGGAGAGCAGAAAGCUGGAACUGCAUAUGAGGACGAUGGAUGCAUAGCUGCAUCAAGAGAUCCAAAAGAUGGUAGAGACAUGCAACUGGUCGGCCCUGGAUUACUUCGGGAUCGCACCGAUACAAUUGACGCCAACGCGUAUUCAUCGCCAUCACGAUGUACAUCGCGUGCCGCAAGUAGCCUGGGCGAGCUACAGCGGUGGAGCUCGGUAUCGCCUACUAUCUCAAAAGAUAGGACAAGGAUUCCUAUUACUUGUCUCGGCGCCUCCAUCGCCGAAGGAUACAUAGCAUCCAACAACGCGGGGGCCUAUGAGACAAAGUUCUUCUGUUUUUGCUAUGACGCCAUUGCCGCUUUCAAAAACCAAGCUCGUGUCUUUUGGAGUCCUUCCGGGAAGCCGGACACAAGGAAGCUCGUGACAACCGCAAACUUGCGGAAGUACGGUUUAAUCAGUAACAAUGCAUCUUUGGAGCCCCUAGAAGCACCUUCUGAUGUGAGUUUGUUCUUUUACAAUGCUGGAUCAGUUUUAGUGUAUCUAUUGGUGUAUGUUGACGAUAUUUUAGUCACUGAAAUGCCUCCUGAUCUAACUAACGUAAUUCGACUUGAACAAAAUUUUAUGGAGCGUGAUGUGAGGAUGCAGAAUGGUUCAGCAGAUCUUGUUGUGGGUGUUGUUAAUGCGAAUUUUUAUGCCGUGUUUUGGAUUGAUGCAGAUUUUGAGAUGGAAAAGAAUGUGCAAAUUUGUAUGCGUUUUGGUGGUGCAGAAAAUAAUGCAACCAUCGGAAUUUUGUUACAAAUUCUCAACAACACUUUUAACUUAGGUACCCAGAAGUUCAAGAACGUAAGGACUAAAGGGGAGGGUUAUCUUCCACUUCAUGAUGCCGCGACUAUGGCCAAAGGAGAAUUCGUUCUUCUGGCCAAAACAAAGGCUGGUAAACCUCUAGCUUUUAAAAGUGCGGGUAGGAAUCGCCUUGGGUUUUGGAGAGGCUUGAUCUAUGAUUGGAUUCCUCUGCAAGAGGAAUAUGUUCCUCACAAUGAAAGUAAUACUGGGGACAUAGAAAACGCGGUUAAGUGUUCAGAUGAAUUCAAAGAAUCCAAAUAUUUUGUCCCUAUUCGUCAAAUAAUCUAUGCUUCAUUUGGUGCUUUGCGCCAAAUGAUCUGGCAUGUCUUCAUGCUGCUAGUCCCAGACAUCAAAAACAUUCGCGAUAUAAAGUUGACACAUACACAGACCCUUACAAUUGUUAGAAUCUUGUGUCACAAUGACGUUACGUGGAAUGGUAAAGAAGCCGUUGCAACUUUCUCGUCGCCAUUUGCUGAAGCUACAAAACUUGGGAUUUGCGAGAUUGUCAAUGAAAUUCUAAAUGCUUAUUUCUAUACCUACUGCUACAAAGAUAAUGAUUACGGUGUACUGCAUCUGGCAAUUUCACAUCACCAAGAAAAGAUUUUUAAAAUUAUAAAAGAAAGGAAAAUUUUUAAAUUAUCAACCUGGAAAGCGGUCAACAAAGGUGGAAAAAGGGACAACCUCUUGCAUUUAGCUGGAAAGUUGGCAGCUUCGAGUCAAGUCUCCGGUGCAGCAUUGCAAAUGCAGAGAGAGAUACAAUGGUUCAAGGCUGUGGAAAGUUAUGUCCAUCCAUCCCUUCAAGAGCAACAAAAUAAGAAAAAGAAAACUCCUAGAGAAGUCUUUACCGAAGAACACAAGCAAUUGGUUAAAGAAGGUGAAAAUUGGAUGAAAGGAACUGCUAAAUCAUGCAGUGUUGUAGCCGCAUUGAUAAUAACUGUAGUUUUUACAACAGCUUUCACCGUACCAGGUGACAACAACAAUGAUGGGAUACCCAAUUUCUUGCAUGACACGGCUUUCAUAGUCUUUGUCACAUCAGAUGCGCUUGCACUCUUUUCUUCCACGGCUUCAGUGGUGAUGUUCUUGGCAAUCCUCACUUCACGUUACUCAGAAGACGACUUUUUAGUGUCAUUGCCAACGAAGUUAAUCAUCGGCCUCAUCACGCUAUUCUUUUCCAUUGCAAGCAUGAUGGUAGCAUUUGGUGCAACCAUUUACACAUUUGUUUCUCAUUCAUGGAAUUGGACUGUCAUUCCAAUUUCAGUACUUGGAUGCCUUCCAGUGACCUUAUUUGCCAUGUUGCAAUUUCCUCUCUUGGUUGAAAUUUUCUUUUCCACUUACAGACCAAGCAUUUGACAUAACCCCUAAUAAAUAAAUAAAUUCAGGGUGUCACACUGGCAAUAGCUGUUAGUGAUAACAAUGAUGAUCAUUCAAAUAUUCAAGAAAACUCAAAGCCAAGUCAGUGAGCUGCGUUUCCGUUAGACCAGUGAGUUGCAUUUCAU